GUAAAGGGCUUAACAUUAGAUCUUUCGUUUGUGUUUCUUUUCAGCACAGUGUUUUCCCACGUGGCCAGUCAUUAAGUUAUUGAUUUGUCGAUUGGGCGAUUUUUGUAUGAAAAAAAGCCGAUAUUGUUGUAAAUCCCGGAAUCUAAAUACGAUCUGAUUGGAAGCUGAAAACGAACUAUCACCAUGGCAAAUCUGGGUUCCAGCAGCCAAGCAGUGACUGAAUACAUAGUCCGUGUCCCCAAGAAUAACACCAAGAAGCACAACAUUAUGGCGUUCAACGCUGCUGAUAAAAUCAACUUCUCCACAUGGACUCAGGCAAAAAUGGAGCGUGAUCUAAGCAACAAGAAGAUUUAUCAGGAAGAGGAGCAGCCAGUGUUUGGCGCUGGCAGCGAGUACGGCAAGAAACUGCGAGAGGAAUCGCGGAAGAAGAAGUAUGGGAUUGUUACGCGGGAGUUUAAGGCAGAAGACCAGCCCUGGCUGCUGAGAGUUAAUGGAAAGGCAGGUCGUAAGUUCAAAGGUCAGAGGAAAGGUGGGGUCACUGAAAAUGCAUCCUACUAUAUCUUCACGCAAUGUCCGGAUGGGGCGUUUGAAGCCUUUCCUGUUAACGCCUGGUAUAAUUUUGUCCCGGUGGCAAAACACAAGACUCUGACUGCGGAGGAGGCAGAGGAGGAGUGGGGAAGGCGCAACAAGGUGGUGAAUCAUUUCAGCAUCAUGUUGCAGAAGAGGCUGAAGGAUCAGGACCGAGAGGAAGGGGAAGAGGAGGAAGAGAAGGUGAGGAAAGGCAAAGAGAAGAAGAAGAAAGGAAAUGACCUGCAAAUCCACGAACUGGAAGACGACCUGGAAAUGAGCUCGGACGAGAGUGACGGGGAGAGUGGCAAUGAUAGUGACACCAAACGAGACACAAAGGCCAAGAAGAAAGGGAAAGCUGCGUCGAAGAAAAAGAAGAAGAAAGGCUCGGAUGAUGAAGCAUUUGAGGACAGCGAUGACGGUGAUUUCGAGGGUCAAGAAGUAGAUUACAUCUCUGAUGAUGAUUCCAGCGAUAAUAACGAAGUGGAAACAGAGAAAGCAAAGACCGACAAAGAGGAGGAUGGGCCAAAAGGAAUUGAUGAAGGUUCGGAGAGCAGUGAGGAGAGUGAAGAGGAGAAGCCCGCUGAAGACAAAGAAGAGGACGAUGAUGACAAGAAAUCCAUGGGCCCUGAGAGAAAGGAAAAGAAGAAGAAGGAUAGCAGUGACGAGUCUGAAUCGUCAGAUGAAAGUGACAUUGAAUCAGAGGCCGCCUCAGCCCUCUUCAUGCUGAAAAAGAAAACUCCUCCAAAGAAAGACUGGAGAGGUUCAAAUAACAGUUCACGAGGGAACAGUCGCCCGGGCACACCCACCCCGCAAAUCAGCACCUCCAACACUCUCAGAGCAGCGGCCAGCAAACUGGAACAAGGGAAACGCCAGGCCGGAUCUGCGGAAACGCCUGUGGCCAAACGGCUGAAAAUGGAUGCAGGAGCACAGUCAGCAUCUGGAAAAUCCACCCCUCAACCACAGUCGGGCAAAUCCACCCCCAGCAGCAGCGAUAUCCAACUGACAGAAGAAGCUGUACGCCGAUACCUCACCCGGAAGCCUAUGACCACCAAGGACCUGCUGAAAAAGUUCCAGACCAAGAAGACCGGGUUAAGCAGCGAGCAGACAGUCAAUGUGCUGGCACAGAUCCUGAAAAAGCUCAACCCCGAGCGCAAGAUGAUCAACGACAAGAUGCACUUCUUCCUCAAGGAAAUCAACUGAGGGCUUGGCCAGCCAGUGUGUGUAUGUAGCUUUCUGACUCUUUCAGUAUAAGGGGUGAUCCCAGCAGUCUGUCGCCUUACGUUAAUUGUGGUUCAUGCAUUUUCCUUUCACCCUCCUAGCAUGGUUCAUGGGGUGAGGGUGGAGGGCUUUACCUGAGAUGGGCUUGGGGUGUGAGAUAGGAAAAACUUCCCAGAGACACGGGGGCGGUUGUCUCCAGGCUGAUGAGAGAACUGCCUCCUUUUGUUGGAGCUAUCACUCCCCCCUUCCCAACCAGGCAGGAAUUUUUAGCGGGAAUGCCACAGGGAAGCUUUUGGCUUCACAAUAAAGGCUCCGUUCCCGAAUAGGACCAAUCCACAUCCAAGCCAGGACCAAGGUAUGUAAUUUGAAAAGAACGCUGCUUGCUAGUACAUCUGAGUUUGCAAGGAGAGUGCCCUCUAACUUUUUAAAACCCUUCUCCCCAGCCCCAUACAUCACCUUCCCUACUGCCAGUACUGUUGUACCAUCACCGUUUGACCACAGAAGUGAUCACAGUCAGAUGGAGUUACCCAAACAAGUGAACCAAGGCUGGUGACACACACCGUCUGCAGUGGAGACUGAGACCCUGGCAAAGCACCGGGCACGAUAGGACUGACCCAGGGGCAUCAUUGUGACUGGGGGCCAGCACUGGAACGCAUGAUUCGAGUGACGAUCCCCGGAGCCGCUUCUGUCAGCAGCUGCCUUGCUCGUCACGGACUCUGGAAUGACGUGGUUUGUGAUAUUCGUGUGUUCCUGAGACAGAACCCACCCUCUAAUAAAACAGUCAAUGAUUUUCA